GAAUGCCCAUAGGUCAGUAACCCCAAAAGAACAACAAUCACAAAUGUCAAAGUUAGCGAAUAGCUAUGCGUUAAAUAGUUGCAGUUUGUUAACACAUAGUUUAAGAUAGUGUUGUGCUUUCAUUAUAUGGAUUGCCCUAUUUACCGUUGUGUAUCCAUAACGUAAAUUAUAUUACUACAACAGCACAAGGCUUUAUAUAGAUUCGUCUAAAUGAAUUCAUCUAAACUACUAACUGGGAGAAUCCGAGUUUGCAUUCAGCAAAUAUUAUACCAAAGUUCAUCAGCAUCUGUACAUGGGAAAAUAUCCUGUACAGGUGUAAAGGAUUGGCAUGAUAUACCUGGACCUAGUGGCCUAUAUUCCAUACCUGUCAUAGGACCUGCACUACAUUUCAAACCAUUCACCAAGCAUGUACCAGAAAGAAUCCAUUGUCUAAUAGAUGAUUUACAUGAAGAAUAUGGUCCUAUUGUAAGAGUCAAGUUAGGAAGAUGGCGGGUAUUGGUGGAAGAUAUAAACGAUAUUAAGACAGUGUUCGGUAAUGAAGGGAAAUACCCUAACAGACCCGGUGUUCCAGUGUCUAUCGCGUAUGGAGAAAGACGAAACGUCAGAAAUGGUUUGGAGAAUCUGGAAGGGGCAGAUUGGGAAGCUGUACGGAAGCCUUGUAGUAUCAGCCUAUCUCGUCCGAACUCAGCAAUACCAUAUCUUCAUCAACAGAAUCAAGUAGCCAUUGAAUUUGCCGAGAGGGUAACGAAACGAGCGUUCUCACCGGAAGACCUGAACAAAGAGUUUUACAAAUAUACUACAGAAACUUCGUGCGUAAUAACCUACAAUAAAAAGCUAGGCUUUCUGUCGGAUAAAAUGGAUGAAAAUAAAGAACUGUUCCUGAAAUUUAAUGACGAACUGAUGAAGAUAGUCAACGAAUCUAUAAUGGGUCGAACUCCUCUUGUUCGCUAUUUUAAGACACCUAGCUAUAAAAGAUAUGAAGAAGCGAACGAUUUUAUUUUAAAAACCGUAAAUAAAUAUACACGUAGAUUGAGAGAGGAGAUAGACAGGAAAAAGAAAGAUGGAACAUUUGACCCCGAUGAACCCAACUUUCUGCAUCAUCUGAUUACAAAUACCAACCUAUCAGAAGUCGACAUUGAUACACUGCUUCAUAACUUUGUAGUCGCAGGAACAGACUCCACGGCUAAAAAUCUCCAAGUAUUUUUCUACAAUAUGGCGACCAAUAAAGAUAAACAAGAGAAGUUAUACAAGGAAAUUCAAAAUGCAUUGGGUCCACAGAAUGACGUCACACCGGAAGCAUUGGCUAAGAUGCAAUAUUUGAGAGCUUGUGUUAAAGAGUCUUUCAGACUUCAUCAUCCAACGUCUACUGGCACUAUUCGUGUUCUUCCAGAAGAUAUCGUUCUCGGUGGUUAUAGAAUACCAAAAGGGAUUGAAAUCAUAUUAUCUAAUCAAAGACUGGCGAAAAACCCGGACAUAUUUGACGACCCAGAGAGUUAUGUGCCCGAGAGAUGGUUACGAAAUGUUGACGGGGCAAGGCAGAGGCCUAUUCCGGCAAUGGCGCUUUUACCGUUUGGUUUUGGUCCCAGAAAUUGUGUUGGCAGACGAUUUGCGGAACAGGAAAUGUAUCUUGCUGCUAUUCAGAUUUUGCAGCGUAGUGAAGUAGAUCUAGAGGAAGACAGCGAAGACAUGAUUGUGGAAUAUACGACUUUUAUAACAACUAAACAUCCCAUACCGUUAAUAUUUAAACCAAGAAAUGGCUGAAAUGUUUGGAUAUCUUGAACGAGCUAGAAGAUCAAACUUCACAUCAAACAAGUUACCACUUGUUCAUCCAUUAUCAUAGCAUGUUCAUCAUUUGCCCAGUGUUUGUUCGUCCCUUCCUUGAAGUUUAACGUCCGCUUCCGCCUUGGGUGAUAUCGCAUCGUUAAAUCACGGUGGGUUUGUAUAUAUAUGCCACCAGUUUUAAACCACCAUCCAGUGAAAGACAAUGACAUAAAUUCCGGCGAGCUUUCCGGAAAUGAGCGAAAGGGUACUUUUAAAAUGUUAUUAAACCAGUGUUGAAAUCAGUUUGUGCUGGCAUACCUUUUAUCUUUUUCGUCGUUUACUGUGAAACUUUACAUUUGUGUUACUAUCUUUGGGUAUAGUUCAGCUAAUAUGUGGGCUACUAGCUAAAUCCAUAAAAUUGUGUUAUUUUGGGAUUGAAGGAUGUUAUCAAACAUUAACAGAGAGAGAAAGAAAUGGGGUUUAAUGUCCACUCGAGAAACUAGAUCACUUCGGGACCAACGUAUUGUUCAAUUGUAUUUCAUUAAUUCGCCUGCGCGUAGGGUUCUUUAGCAGUGCGGUGAACGGGAGGACCCGGAGAAAACCCACGAGGUUGGACAGCUAAAACUGUGCAAGACUUUUGGAAAAUCAUUAUACAGGGGAAUAGAGACAACAACAAAAACUUUUACGAUGAAACAAGUCGAUAACCUCGAUAACAGACUAAUAUUUCAACAGUCUGUAAUCCCCCUAAACCCAUCCCACGCCGCCCCCUACCACCCAUCGUACGAUUGUCUUCAACGUUUAUAUUUUUAAAGGACAAUAUUGGUGUCAGUCAUUAUAACAUAUGUGAUAGAACUGGUUAAACAUUUUCUAAAUAUACUUUUAACACAGAGAUCAUUGCUACGAUAGAUGCGUUAUCAAGAUUUCGGGAAACGGAAGUGACGAAAGGAAAACACGAGUUAUCCUUCUAUAAUUAAUAUCAUUCAAAUUAUUUCUACUAAAUCUCAAAAAUGUUUUGUAUUCCUGACCAACCGAAUGUCUAUAUAUAUGUAUUCGCCAUUAGCUUAACAAGCAGUCUUUACGUGGUAUGCAAAUCUGAUUAAAAUACAAAUCUAUAUUUCGUUUCGUUUUUUAUAGCCUACACUACAUGAAGAUCUAACCGGUUAUAGAGGAAGGUUGCGUCAGAGGUCACAGAUUUUGACCAUAUGACGUCAGACAUUUGAUUAACCAAUCAGCGUUGAUGUUUCUAGUUGGUUACCCACAGUUCCGUGCAUCUCACGCCAAACACUCGCCAUAACAAACCGUUUCAUUGACUAAUCCCACACAUGAUCAUGACCGCGGGUUAUAUAACAACUCUUCCAGAUCCUAGUGUAGUAAAGACAAGUAAAACAACAUUUUGAGCUAUAAAAAACGAAACGAAAUAGGAUCUGUGUUUUAAUCAGAUUGGUUGUAUGCAUAUGUUCUAUUAGAUUUCUAAUACCUUUAAAAUGUUUUAGAAUGAUUAAUUUAAAAAAAGACAAAAUUCGGACGAAAAUGAUUUUUGGGUUCCGCGGAAUUUGAGCCAUUUAAAGUACGAUAUUUGUCUCCAUCAUUUUAUAUGACAAAUGUUCUAUUAGACCCUCUUAAUAACAUUGAAAUAACAAGCGGCUGCCAUGCAAGAUACGCCCAUAUUUUCAAGAGAUGGACGAGCUAAAAUAUGCCGAGAAAAUGUUCUAUUAGACUUUCAAUAACAUUCAAAUAACAAAGGGUUGCCAUGCAAGAUACGCCCACAUUUUGCAAGAGAUGGGCGAGCUAAAAAAAAAAGGCGAUUUGUUGUACAAUCAGGGGCCAUAAUCCAGGAAAUUACGUUCCGAUAUGCGGGAAUAUCGACAGGAACUGAUAGAGUUUGAAUAAAACAUAUAUUUAAGUUUCAUCAAAAUCGGAUAAAAAUUGUGGCUACUAGAGAGUCCACAACCUUGGUAUUACAUACAUUUACACUAUAUGCGUACACAGAGCAGCCAUUUUGUCGGGCAGUUUAGGUCCGAUUUUCACGAAAUUCGAACUCAACCAGAAUUAGGGUGUAACGGUGUUAUAUUUAGACGGGACCACAAACUACAAACGCGAUUUUUCGUACACACAGGAGCCAUAAUCCAGGAAGUUACGGUCCGAUAUGAACCAAGAUUGUUGGGUUAUAAACAUACAUUUCAAGUUUUAUCAAAAUCGGAUAAAAAAUGUGAUCUCUUGAGUGUCCACAAGUUAAAAACGCAAUUUUUCCUGCAAUCAGAGACCAAUUUCGAAAGGAACUGGUAUCUUUGGGAGAUAGACUUAAUAUUGGAUAAAAAUUGUGACCUGUGGAAUGUCCACAAAUUGUGGACGGACGUCCGGACGGAUAAGGGCGACGACAAUAUACGUCCACAGAAUUUGGCCCAUUUAGAGAACGUUGUUGGUGGUCACCAUUUUAUAUGACAAGUUUAUUUAUCAAAUUAUCAUGUGUACUUUCGUUUUAAUUAAUUAUUAUAAUAUUAUCACCCAAUAAUACAUUUAACAGUAGAUAUCGCUUGUGUGAUAAAUUUCAUAAUCUACUAACUUAUAUGAAUUUGAUUGGUCAAUCAAAAAGGAACUACUUUUUUUUUUUCAAAGAACAGUUCAUUUUUUUUAUUAAAAUUAACUUCUUUCUUAUUAAAAAGCAAGUAUUUUCUAUUUAAUUGUCUUUGAUGAAAACACUGGAUCAAUAUAAAGGACUUUGCAAUGGUUGAAUUGCUGUCAAAAAUUGCUGUCAAAAAAUGACGUAUCAUGUAAUCACAUUCAGUAAAAGUGAAAUCUAUAGCAAAGAAUUAUAUUUAUUUAUUUGUGCAUGUAAGAAGGGAUUGGGUGAUAAAUAAAAUCUCCUACUCGUCUUUUUUGAUAUCAAAAAAUAUCAACACUCGUCGAUAAAGUAAAAAAAAACAAGGCUCACUUUAUCAACUUGUGUUGAUAUUUUUUUUAUAUCAAAAAAGACUCGUAGGAGAUUCUCUAUUAAUACAGAUGUACCCAUGUAAGUUAAUAUGUAUUUAAUAAUAUUGUUGAUAAAACUAACAGUAUCUAUGUCAUAGUACAGAUCAAUCUGAUUAAAAUACAGAUCUAUAUUUCGUUUUUUAUUCUUUCGAUGGCCUACACCUGUUGUAGUGGAAGGUCGCGUCAGGGAGUCAUACGAGUAGCUUUUAACCCUAUGACGUCAGACAUUGAUUAAUCAUUCAGCGUUGAUGUUUCUAGUGAUUUACCUACAAUUCUGUGCACCGCACGCCAAGAACUCGCCGUAACAGACUGUUUUGUUGGCUUAUCCCUCACAUCAUCCAGAACUGGAGUUAAAUAACAACUUUUCCAGACCCCAGUGUUGUGAAGACUAGUAAAACGAAAUUUUGAACAAUAAAAAAUCGAAACGAAAUUUUGAACAAUAAAAAAUCGAAACGAAAUAAGAUCUGUGUUAUAAUUAGAUUGUAGUAAGAUGUAAAACUAGAGAUUUUAUGAAAUCCUUGAAUAUUUCAGUUAUGAAAAACCCGUUAUGGCCAAACCAAUUUGAUGUUAAAGCCUUGAUAAAUAAAUAACCACUUGAAUCACGUGACAGAUGUUGUGUGUGAGAGAGAGAGAGAGAGAGAGAGAGAGUGAGAGAGAGAAAUGGGGUUUAACGUGAAACCGGAGGACCCGCAGAAAUGGGGUUUAACGUGAAACCGGAGGACCCGCAGAAACUAACGAGGUUGGACAGGCGACUCUGUUUUGUUUGAAAUUUUAAAACAUAAUAAUUAGGAACUAAAAGCGUUUCAACAGUGCAAUCAAGUACUUUUGGUUUCUAAAUUAGUCCUUUUCAAGAAGAAAUAAGAAGGUAAAUUUUUACGGGUAUUCCCGAAGAACAGGAAAUCAAAUUGAUGUGGCUUUAGUUUAGGGAUUUCAGGUCACCCUAAAAUAUUCAUAGGUAUCAUAAAUUCACUAACCAUAGCGACCAAUGAUAUGCUUAUUUUCAUCUCGGUCAUCUGAUGGUCUAGAGGGUUUUUUUUAAAGGCUUUUCAUGUGAAUAACAGUUCAUGACAUCUGAAGAUUGUUCACUAUCGUAGAAACGGUAUACUUGACAAUCGAGUCUCGGUUAUCCAUUUUAUCAUUAAGUUUAUAAAUCUUGUGACCAUUCUAAUUCACGUGAAUCUCGGUCAUCCGGUGGUCUAGAGGGAUGACUAGAGGCUUUGUCGCGUAAAUAAUACUUUAUGACAUUUGACGUCAGAAAGAAGACAUGCAUUAGGCAAAUUUAGCUCUUACGUAAUGUGUCUUUAAAGUGAAAGUCUUUGUUGUGUAUGAAGAAUGCAAUCUUUGAUCCAGAAACUUUGUACAUGGUUUGGGCAUGCGUAUAUGGAUGGAUUAUUAAGCGCAUUACAAAUAUACAUUAUUAUUAUUAUUAUUUCUUAUUGGUGUAUUUGAUAUAUUAAAUCAACAAAAGUUUGAUAAAGGGCUAUAUUCUAGUUAAAAUAAGGCGAAGAAUUUUGAGUAAAUUCAUAAGUCUGAGAAUGCUUUGUGAACUUGGGGCCUGAUACCCGAUACUCAUGUCCAAGCACUACACAAUGGUGUAACCGACUUAAAGAUGACGUUAACAUAAACGCGUACGAAGACAAUACACUAUUCCUACUCAUUCUCACUGACUUUGUGGCACGAAUAGUUUUGAUUAAGGCGAAUUUCUAUCACUCUUAUGAAAACUAAACCUUACUAUUUCGUUUCAUUGUUUUUCGUUUCUAUUUUGAUGUCAACCUUCAAACUACAGUAAGAUCUUUGAAAGUCAAUAUCCCCUCUUGAGAGGGGCUGAAUCUAUUUGUUAAGGCCAGCUCAAUUUUCGGCAAGACGCUGAGAUGUAAAUAAGGUGAGGGCACGUGAUUGUUGACGAGAUUGUUGUAGGUUUGGGUAAGCAUUGGGGCUAGGUCCAAGGUUAGGGUUAGGGUUGGGAUUAGCGCUAUAGCCCGACUGUUUACAUCUCGUGACCUUUGACCAAUAUGGAAGUUGACCGUAUCAAAUAGACCAACUCUUUAUGGGUGGCCAACUGGCCAUUGUUCACAGAAUAUCCUUGUUUCAUUUGUCUUAUAUCGUGUCCUCUUAAAGCGUGCAGAGAGAAUGACUGGUCAUUGCUUACAGAAUGUCCUCGUUUCACCCAUUUUACCUCGAGUCCUCGUAAAGCCUGCAGCGAGAAGAAGAAACACAAUAUAAUACAAUGCGACGAUCGCCAAGCACGAAAAGCAAUUAUUACCGAUUCACAUGGUUCACAAAAUAAAAAUACAUUUCAUUGCAGGGAUAAUUUAUUUUUUAAAAUACUCGCACUGCCAUUCCGAUAAUUUGGGGAAUGUAGAUGGCGAGACUUCUUUGUUGUUAUGUGUUGGGGUGUACUUUUGCGAUGACAACGAUUAUCAGUUCAACUAAAUUUAAUAUUGCCCUAAAUUCAAUCUAAUUAAAACACAGAUUCUAUUUCGUUUCGGUUCAUAAAUGAAAAGUGCAAAAAAAAAAACGAAACGAAAUAUAGAUCUAAAUUCAAUCGAAUUAAAACACAGAUUCUAUUUCGUUUCGUUUCGUUUCAUAAAUGAAAAGUGUAAAAAAAAACGAAAUAUAGAUCUGUAUUUUAAUCAGAUUGGCCAAAAUUCAAUCGAAUUAAAACACAGAUCCUAUUUCGUUUCACUUAAUAAAUGAUAAGACUAAAAGAACGAAACGAAAUAUAGAUCUGUAUUUUAAUCAGAUUGACCGAACUCAAAGAGGUGUUUAGCUUCACUAAGAAUGGGUGGUGGAAGGGUGCACAAUAAAAUCUAAGACAUGACAUCUAUAUUUGUUGAUAUGGUUCCUAAUGUAAAUAUUGCUGCUGUAUUUAAACAUGUUAUUGUAAAUAAUAUUGAAUGUAACCAUGUACGCAAACUGAAUAAAUUGACUUAUACUAUU